CACAAUAUGAUGAAAACACGGGGAAAUGGCGGUAGACAUGUUUGCCAGCAGAUUAUCCAGAUCAUUUCUUCGUGAUUAUUGAAAACAGGGCGUUACACCUUUUAUCUGAGCAAGAAUCGGUAAACACCCCAAAAAACUGCAUUCAAUAGCAAAGUUUGAUGAGGUUUUAGCGACAUAGGCCAUUCGGACUAUAAACAUCAGCACGUGCGAUGAACUCCAGCACCAGGGAUCAUACGUUCGACUCUGACCUGGCGCAGUUCUAGGAUACAGUGAUUGCUCAGAAUGAACACCGACUACAGAUCCAUACUUACAGAAGAGGUAGCCCUCGAAGGUUUGGACGGUAUUACAGUACAAGCAUUAUGGGAAAGACUGGAAAACCGGGUCAACUUCAAAAUGAGGCUGGAUGACAGGAGUAAGGAAUUUCUAUGGGGAUGCCUCCUUUCAAUUCCUGAUCUGGAGUUUUAUCAGCUGGAGUCUCCCCGUGGAAUUCUCACAGCAAAGCAGCCUAUCAUCAUUGAUCCGGAAUCUGGAGUUACUGUGGAUUUUGAUAUGGGAGAGGAUUUGUAUCCAAUCAAAAUUGUGAACGCUGAGGGGCCAGUGAUUGGGUCCUGUUCUACAUAUCUAAGCAGACAGUGCAUAACUCCAGAGAUCAGGACAAACGAUUCACAAACGAGACUGACACUGAAAGAGGUAGAUGAGAAGUAUGGAAGGAAUCUGGUGAUUGUGGCAUCCCAGGGUCAGAGGUUUACGGCUCUCUGUGGGGAAGAACUGGACCCCAGCAGUCUCUACAGCCAAUCAGAGGUCAACUUCUGUAUACUGGAGAGAAUAGGCAGAUCACGGAGAGCAGGAGAGCUGUCUAUUGGCGAGUCCAGUCUGCAGGUCUUCAAGAUUGCGCCCAAGUCCAUGUUUUACCACACGCUGCGGCUCAUCAAACUGGGGAUUGUGAAGAAACAGAGUAUCACUGUUUACAACAAAAAGGGACAGAACUCUCUACGUCGUUUAUUUCACCUGACCCGAUUCUACCAGCAGUACCAAUCCAAGUACACAAUACUGACAAAUAUAGUGGCUAAUUACCUGAACAAUCAACCAAUGAAACGCCAGGAAAUUUCUAAAACAAGACAGGAGUGUGGAAUAGACCAAAAGAGUUUUAAGAAGUUGUACCAAUGCUCGAAGAGGUUCCGAGUGGUUGCUCUGCCGUACAAUGAGAUGUACCCUGACAGUCCGGAAAGGGAAUGGUACACACAAAAGUUGGGGAUAAAAAUGAUCCGGGUUAUUGAGGUUUUGGAAGAAGAAGAUGAAAGUGAUGAUGAGGAGGAUGAAGAUGGGAAGACGAUUCGCAUUUCUAAAGAUGCCUCGGUUUACCCUCAAGUGUAUGAGCGAUCGAUUCUCCGUCAAGCAAUGGAUGUGUUGGAGGAGGCGGGGACGGAGGGCGUGACGAACGAUCAGCUGAUGAGGAGGCUGAGUAAGGACAGUCUGGAGACGCGCAUGAUUCUACGCAUGAUGGAGCGGCGGGGUUUAACCACCACCCUAAUGGUGGAGGUGGGGAAGCAAAAGAUAAAAGUGAGUGUGUCCAAAUCUUUUGUGGAGGGAAACAAAUUGAUUAAUCAGAUUAAUAAAGAGAAGGAGAAGCUUAAACAAUCCCUAAAGGAGAUCCAGGACAAGCAAGAAAAUCCUGAGAAAUCUCCAAUGGAGAAUAAAGAUGGAAAGGCAUCUGCUGCUAAAGGAAAGAAAAUAGAAGAGGAGGGAGAGAGAGAUAAAGUAAUAGAGGAUGAACUUAAAGACAUCGUACAGAAUGUCAGCACAACAAACCGACACUUCCGGUCAGACGUGAAAGCCACUUGUCGUCAGAUGGUACGGAUCAACACUAUCCUGGACUUCAUCAAAGAAAACAAGAUUGUGGAUGGGGUGUAUCCCAUCGUCAAGAUGGUUCGGGAAAAGGAACGCAAAGAAAAAUCUGUGUACGUCAUCGACAAGCAGACCGUUGUUCGACUUCUGUUGGUGCUGUCGAAGGAGAAGAAGAUCAACAUUGUCAACACUGUGCUGCAGGACGGAAUUAAAGAAAAACGAUUACAGAUGAUAAUGAGUAAAGACAUUGAGCCCACUGAUCAGCUCGUAAAGUCCCUCAUCGACCAAGCACACAUGAAGUUUCAGGCCAUCAACAACGAACAGCUGGCCAAGAAGAACGCACGAGAUCGAGCGGUGCAGGAAAACGCAAACAUACCCGAGACUGCAAGAGAGAGCAUUUUCCAAAUCAUGUCAUAUCGCAGCAAGCUGAAGGCCGGCGACAUGAUGUACGACGUGGCCUAUUCCAAGCAUUACGACUUUAGACCCAAGUACUCUCGUGCUCACAUCCUACACAGUCUGCUGUGGUAUCUGGUGUAUGGAUUCCCUGAUUCGGCCCCCUCCCCGGUAAUUACCGCAGCCGGGGAAGAGGACACUUCCACUCCGACCACCUCCGAUAGCAACAUCCAUGAAGAGAAUGAAGAGGACAUCCUUUUGUUGAUAAAAAGAAUACCGAGACCACACAUGUACAAGGACGAGAUGUCAUGGAAACGCUUCCUGUCCCCUCUACCUAAGCACAAAGGCUAUGGAGAAGGCUGGUUCCUAGUCAGUGAUAUUCUACUGAAAUUACCUUUGGUUGUUUUCUGCAACAUCUUCUAUAUUCCGUACAAGAUCCGCGGUUUGAAAGAGUUGCUGGAAGAUCCAGAGAGAAGUCUGUAUCCCGUCAUCAGUCUGCCAAAGCCCAUCACCCAGCAGCUGUUGUACGCUAGGAAGUACAUCUUCUCCUUCUACUCUAACUGCAUCAACCUGUGUAACAUGGGCCUAAUUACGAUCGGGCCGCAGAUAAUGAAGGAGAAGGACAAGGUGUUUAUGUACCUCCACAAGAAGGCAACGUUGCUGGACACUAAAGGGUCGGAACGUGGACUGUACAGGAUUAAGAUGGACACCCCCCCACUGUUACUGGAGUACAACCUGGUGUCUCUUUCUAUGGUGGACCAGUACUGGGUUGACUUCAAACAUAUUGCCCUGAAUAGCAACCUCGGUCACAAAGACUUACGAGAUGAAGAGGACGACAGUGUAAACAAUAGUAGAUACACACUGCUGCCUGACGCGCGCUGCGUGGCAUCGCCAGACAAUAUCCUCGAUAUCUGUGAUGAUGGUUUUGUUCCUGGUGACAAACUCGGAGCGGCAGGCCUGGACUCCUCUAUGUUUCCGCAUCUAUUAAGAAACUGGAGUGGGUUGUACAGUCGAGCCAAAUCUCUCAAGAAAUACAAGCACAAAACAGAGGAUGACAAGAAAAGAAAGACAGAUUUACUCCUGGAAAAGAAGAAUAACUAUGCAGACCUUCAGAAAAAACACACCACCAUUUUAUCGACCAUCCUCCCAAGGCCGAGGGAUCGUGUGUCGCUGAAAAGCAGAGAAAAAUCCCCAGAAAUAAUACGAGUGGCCUUAACUAAAAAUGUUGCGGGCAACAAAGGAGGCAAGGGGGUUAAGCGUAAGUCAACAGAGGUCCACACCAGUGGCCCUACGAAGAGGGCCAAAACUCUACUGAAAAAAGUUAAACUCAGCAAAGUCAAGCCCAAACUCAAGAAGUUUGUUUAUGAUGAUAUUGAUAUCGAGGCCCACAAGAGGAAGUUGUCGCAGCGAGUGUCCUGGUCAUCUUAUGAAGACAGCCUGUUGUUGACCAGUAAGAUAGCCACCCUGGUGAUGGACAGGAAGAGGCGGGGCGUACUCAUUCCUUGGUCCUGUAUUCGAGACGUGCUGUAUCGUUACGCCCCCAAGGUUUCUGUGGACAAGACCUCCUGUGCCUGUCAGAGAAGAGUAACUCACUCACUAAAGAACCCGACCACCAAACAGAACCUGAUGGUCUACCUCUCAGAAGCCAUGCAGGAUCCAUUUGUUAAGAAGUUCUCUGAGAAGCAAUACCUGCAGGCCUCGGAGCACGCCGUCAAGGAAUUUCAUGUUCUAGUAGAGUAUCUCAUCAAUAAAUUCUCAAAAGUGAAAGUUAAGAAGACUUACAUACCAGCCUCGCUGUCACGCCUAAAUGAUUAUGACAUCACCUGUGGGACACAGUUCAAUCUGAAAAAGACAGCCACCCCCAAGGAACCCACCAGCCGCCCCCAGAUCUUGGAGUAUGUUCUCAAGGAGAUUUUACAUAGUUAUGUGUCCAGUGCUUCGGACAAACAGGGCCGCAGCCACCAGAUGUUUAGACUUUUAAGUCAGUACCCAGACAGCAUCUUAGAUAGUGCCAUAGAGGGGCUGAGGAUGGACGGUCUCAUCGUGAAAAACAAGAAGAAAGAUGGCAGCAAAUUCAUCGAUUCUGGAAUAAAGAACAUCAAAUUGGCACAGAGAUACCACUACAGAUUUCAUUCACGAUAUCCCACCUCCAUAUUUGGCAACUGUCUAAAUACCAUCAAGGACUUUCAAAGGUCGUGUAAAGACAGUUUCACUAAAAUGGAGAUCAGAGACAUGCAGAGUGGAGGCCUGUGUUCCUCCCUAGUACUGCUGCUUCUCAACAGACAGGUGACCAUUGAUGUGGAGAUCCCCCCAGAUAUUGUUAUUCUGGACCCGCAGGCCAGGCAUGGUAGGGGAUACAACCCUCAGAUGUCUCUUGCAAAGAGAGCACGCCUACAGGCAACUCUAGACUCAGACGAUGAGGAUUAUCCAUUUGAGCUUGAUCAAAGAGAAAUUAGACCAUGUGUCAUGGAACAGGAAAAGACAUGGAAGUCCCAGAAAAAGUUUGACGGCCCCUCACCCUAUGUUUACGACGAGGACGGAAAAUCCAUCCUGCAGUUUACCUCAGACAAGAACUGCACCCUUCGAUUUCUGAAGGACCCUAAUCUGGAGGAGAGCAAAAAGGGAAAAGACUGGUCAAAAAUUACCUCAAUGUGUGCCUCCCGGGCUCUCGUUACAAUGAGGAGGUCGUGUGCGGAACAGGAUCAGAACUUACGGCACUACAACAUACAGGACAAUUUCCUGAUCCAGGCGUGUCAGCUUAAGCUUGGCUUGUCUGAGAGGGGCGGGGCAGAGAGGGGUGGGGCUGAGAGGGCGGGGAAGACCAAUGUAGAUCUGACUCUGCUGGGCAUUCCUUAUAGUAAACAGAAGACUACAAAAAUAAUCAAAAGCUUGCAGAAAUUUGUUCCUUUUGAGCUGGAUUUGGAGGAGGUGUGGUCAAUGUUGGAACCUGAUUUGUUAUAUUCAGUGAAGAAUGUGUACAAUGAAAUCAACUCUGCAGGGGAAAUGGGUCUCUGUCACUUCUAUCUCAAGAACUUGGUCAACAACUGGAAAUUGUUCAAGUUCUCGGUGGGGCACCUGCUGGACAAAGGGGCGAUUCUGCGUGUGGGAACCACUAGAGUAAAGUAUGUAUCCCUCCCUCAUUCACGACCCUGGGUCAUUCAUAACUACAAGGAUACAAGAGGGCGUGGCCAGGUCACCCAGACAGUAUCAUCUAAUAUAGAAGAAGACAAAUUGUUUAUAAGUAAGAAUAAUACAACUUCCCUGGGUGGACAGAAAGUGGCAUCAGAGAGGAAAACAACACAAACUAAGGCAAACAGGACAACCGAAAACUCAGCAGACUCUGUAGACCAUCCACAGAUUACAAGUACAACACAAACUAAGGCAAGCACGACAACCGAAAACUCAGCAGACACUGUAGACCAUCCACAGAUUACAAGUACAACACAAACUAAGGCAAGCUCGACAACCGAAAACUCAGCAGACUCUGUAGACCAUCCACAGAUUACAAGUACAACACAAACUAAGGCAAGCACGACAACCGAAAACUCAGCAGACACUGUAGACCAUCCACAGAUUACAAGUAGAGAUUUAAUCGGUAACACUCCCAGUGUGACGUUAGAGGCAGAAAAAGGUGACGUUCGGAAUGCCGAUUGCACUAGCAGCAAUCGGGUUUCCUCGGCCACUACACAAACGGAAUGUGUUGAGAGUCCCGGCCAGGCGAUUGUCGACACAGAAUCAGAGAGUAUGGUUGGAGAACCGGAAGUGGGUAGGGGAGGUAGUGGAAGUGGUAAAUUGAUCAACUCAAGAGUUGGACCGUACACGAGGUCAAAGUCAACUAAAAAGAAGCCACAGGCGGAUGCGGACUCCGUUGCUGCUGGGCCUAAGGCGCUGAGUACAUACGAGAAGAUCCGCCUGCAGAUUGUCCCGUGGAAGAAGCCGGAAGGCUAUCUUAACAAACCAGUCUUCUCAUUUAUGGUGGAAUCGAUCUUGUUAUAUAUAGUGUCUAAUCCGGGCAUCUCCUUCACAGACCUGUGUGCCCGCUACAAUCCAUUCUUACUACCGUGUCACCUCAGAGACCUGUUGGAGAUUCUGGAGGAAAUGGAGUGUGUGUCCCGGACCAUUGUCACCACGGAUCCUGUUCUCUCAGUGUUCUCAACUUACCAGCCACCCAAUAUAGUGUCGGAGCCGGAUCAGUCGCUGGACAAUGAAGAGUUUUAUGAGGCCACUGUCCACUCUUUACCUUUACUGGGUCAGUUCCUGGAAGAUGUUCAGAACACGGACUCGGUGCAGCUCCAUCGAACACGAAAAUCCAUGAAGUCGGAGACAGGGACCUCGUCUGAUCAAGGAGAAAGCGAGGAUAUGUCUAAUCACGGGAACAGAACAAGUAUAAUGACAGGUGAAGGAAUGAGUUCCGACACGAUUUCCACUCAGCUGCUUCAUCAAAGUGGUCAAGGUCAACAGGGUAGUCAAACUCUUGAGCCAGAGCAAGGGGGAGGGGGAAAGGACACCUCGAGGAAUGCACAGGAAGCGACUGUCGAGGAAGUGGGUGAUCCUUCGCACGAGAAGAUGGACACUUCCGGACCACAAAGUGCCGAUCAAUGUUUUUCGAUGGACGUGACGUAGAUGACAAUCUUGAGGAUGCCGGACGUUUGAUGGAACAUCUACAAUUGUCAGUGUUAAUUGUGCAAGGAAUGGCAAUGGAUUAUUUUAAACUAUUUUGGGUUUUGUAUUUAACGUGGAAAAAUAAAGAUAAUGCAUGUAGAAUUGAGUAAACUAUGUCAGCCCGU